AUGUUGCUCCCCGCAACUGUAUUUGUUCUCCUUUUCCUUUUAAUUCCAGAUUCAAAGAAGAGAAAUUCAAAGAAGGGAGAAAAAAAUCUAGCAAAUCCUCUUUCAAUCACCGUCGUCAUUCUCUCUUUCUCUCCCUCCUCGGUUACUCGUUCAAUCCUGCACCGUGCUUGCUCUACUAGGGUUUUUGUCCCUCUUUCACUCACUGAUCCUCUCCAUCCGCAGUCUCGCUCUUUCUCUGAUCGUCGCCGCCGCAACACGCCUCUGCCGCAACAGGGUUCGGCCGCCGCACCGCAACACUCGGGUCCACCAUUUCACUGGUUUUUGUCGCCUUUCUGUCUCUAUUCUUCACCAGCGACUCUAAUCUUUGUCCUUCUUCCUCAACCUCUGUCUUUGCGACCUACUCCUCUAAGGUGGGAAGUUUUCAAACAACAAAUGAAAGACAUGCUUCAUCAUAGUGAUCAAAGGGCAUCGAGUUGAAAAAGCCUAGUGCUUCUCUUUAUACGUUUCCAUGCCAGAUUGCAUAUGUUAACAGGAAGAAGCAAGUAGAAAUUGUAGCUCUAGGAAAUGUAUGAUGUUUUGAGUGUAAAUAUAUGGCCUUUAGGAACACGUUCAAUACCUGUAAUUUAUUUUUGUAUCAUUUAGUUCGAUUUUCUUUUUUCUUUUUAAAUGUGGUAGAGUUAUUUUAAGUAAAGUAUAUAAAAAGCCCAUGAAUUAAGUGUUAAUUGUUAUUUUCAUUUAAACUCAACAAAUGGCACUUAAGUGUACAUUAAAUAAUUGUAAACCUACACAGACACGUUCCUGAUUCCUGAAUGUUGAUUGCAUCAUGAAUCAUUCUUGGAUC